GUCAAAGCUGGCGCAACAUGAGCAAGUCAUACUGUAUGAACAUAACCUUGUAAGCCGAACGUAAAAUCAGUCCUGUUAUUCGCUUGUUUCCCUUGUAUUUUCAGUUUUUGUUUCGUGCAAUGGAUCUAAGUUUGAACACUUACUACGACUGUACUCUGUGUACCAGAAAAGGGAUCAGUCAAUCAAGAUUGCUCAAACAUCAUAUGAAAUGGCAUCGCAACAUUCCGUAUCAAAUGGGCCAGUUCACAUUGGCCAAAACCAUGCAAAAUCACUUCCAGUGCAAAGUGUGUCGAAGCAUAAUCGAUGGUCCGGACCGAGAGGAGCAUCAACGGAAAAGUCACCCAAUGUUCAAAACGCACACGGGUUUGUACGAUGGUGUGAAUAUUACGCGCGAUCUAAAGUUGGGUGUGGAAAAUUGGUCCAAUAAUAAAGAGGUAAAUUGUACACGCUGCAAUACAAAAGUCCAUCAAAAAGGCUUCAUGGAACACAUCCAACGCAAUCAUCCAGAUUGGUUGAUGCCAUCGUUCAGUACGGCACCCAUUGCUCAGCCACCAUUCAAUACUACACCCAUUGCUCAGCCACCGUUUUGUUCGAUGCCACCGUUCAGUACCGCACCCAUUCCUCAGCCACCAUUCAAUAGUAUACCCAUUGCCCAGUUGCCGUUUUGUGCGAUGCCAUCGUUCAGUACGGUACCCAUUCCUCAGCCACCAUUCAAUACUACACCCAUUGCUCAGCCACUGUUUUGUUCGAUGCCAUCGUUCAGUACCGCACCCAUUCCUCAGCCACCGUUUCAUUCGAUGCCGCCGUUCUAUCGCCAACCAAAGAAAGAAGAAGUAGCUAACAUGCCACCGAUUGCGACUAAAACGCCAAAAGAGGAACACAAUAUUGCCAAUGCUCACAUGGGUACAGUUCAACCAGUUUUGGAGCCGCAAGGCAUCAACAAUAUGUUUGCCGUUCAACAAAGUCUCGCAACCGCAAAGGAUUCAAGCUCAACCAAUUAUUACGAUUGUACUAUGUGCAAAACGAUGGGAAUUCCCGAAAUAGAUUUGGUCCGCCAUCACAAGAAAUUCCAUCGAAGCAUUCUGUAUCAAGUGGACCGAUACACAUUGGCUAAAUCGAUCCAACAUCAAUACCAAUGCAAAAUUUGUCUUGACAUCGUCGAUGGUUCACAACGAGAUUUGCAUCAAGAAAAAAAUCAUCCAAUGUUCAAAUCGUUUUCGGGUUUGUUUGAGACUCUGUACUUAACUCGCGAUAUAAGUUCAGGUCUGGAGAGUUGGUCAAACAACAAAGAUGCAACAGAGUUCGAGUGCGUGUGCUGCAAAAACAAAGUCCAUCACCAAAGCUUUGUUAAGCACAUGCAAGUCUAUCAUCCGAAACGUUUGAAGAAAUCUUACAUAAAAUCCUUGGCGAUCGACGCACAAAAGAAGGAGGACGACGCUGGAAUGAUACCGAUUGAAGAGGUCAAGAGGCUGAAUUUGGUGGGAACAGACGAAAAAGACGAACCCGAAAAAAAUGAGCCAGCAGAAGAUGAAGACAACGGUGCCAAGGGAAUAGAGCCGGACGACGUCAGAAAGUUUUUUGAUUGUCUUCUUUGCAAAAAGCCUGAAAUUCCUGAACGACAUCGUCUAAAGCACCAAGAAAAAUUCCAUCCGGAAACUCCAUAUCGACCCGGGAUGUACAUUUUCACCAAGGCCACCCAGAAAAUGUUUCAAUGCAAAGUGUGUGAUGUUAUACUCGCUGAGCAGAAGCAAGAUGAGCAUAAACGAACCUAUCAUCCGAUGUUUAAAGAACGUCAAGAUUUGUUUGAGAGCCUCUUGUUGGUCAACGAUCCAAAGCGUGGCGAACAAAAAUGGGUUGGCCAUAAAGACGCACAUAGAGUGAAAUGCCAUCGAUGUAAACAUCAAUUCAACAAAAAUCUAUUCCUCAGACACUUUCAACGUAAACACAAGAAAUUUGUGCAUUUGAUGCACGUCAAGGAAUCGGCGAACUUUGAUGGAGAAGGAAAUUCCAAAUGAGGUGAAACAAGCAGCAAUCGAUUCUGACCGUUGAACCAUCAAUCUGAAGGCAAAAUCGCAACUAAUGAACCCAUUGCUAUCGUCGUUGAUAAACCCAUCGCAUAGAAGCAUAAGAAAACUGUGCAGACACGAUACCAAAUCGAAGAAAAAUAUGGCAUUUUUUCAUCAUUUUCUGAGCAUUAUGCUAAGUAGCAAUAGCGAUCACAGACAAAAUUCAAACUCAAUAUCCUACCCAUUAUUCAAUUUAUUUACAAUUUAUGACCUAUUUUCCAUUUCUUUUCAUAUUUUAGUUAAGAGUUCUUUUCCGAUAUCUAAAAAAAAAUAAAAAAAUAUUUAGAUUUAAAAGCAAAAUAAAUGACUUGACCAAUUUUUGGCGACAAAAUUUCACACAAAUUUAAAAAGUUGAAACUUUUCCACAAAGAAUGACAAUUCAACCAAAAUAUGAUACAUGUUACAAUUUUGCGUCUUUCGAAUAAAUUGUGUUGAAAGAAUA